AUGAAUAGUGCUAAUAACGUUUGUUGCGUUUAUGCGCGCGUAUCAUCACCAAUAAAAACACGGUGAGUAGUGAGUACGCGCGGCGUGCGUGUGUAUUUUUACGAGGGCGGCCGCGCGGGGGGAUACAGUAUACAAGACGCAUGCGCACAUCAGUCUGCGAUCUGAGUUGGUCAGAAAAUGGCGUCAGUCAAGUUUCUGGAGGAAGUACUCAGUAAGGACGUGGACGAAAACGCGUUCAGUGCAAUCGUGGUGUCGCUGGAAAGUGAGCUUGUCACUAAUUCAUCGGUUGUGUCUACCGGCAAUAGGAGUCACCCACAGAUUGGUCACAACAGCAAUGCAAAAGCAGCUACCACGGCCGCGCCGCAAAAACAACAACAGCAGCACUUGGUCAACGGCACCAGGGCCACCUCCUCGAUGAACAAGUGUAUAGCCGCCACCAACAACAACAGUUUAAUGCCAGGUAUAAGCCAAGCAGAUUAUGUGAGCCAACAGCAGCAACAGCAACAUGUCGUCAACCCGACAUUGGCGCACAACUAUGCGGCACCGCAACCUAUAAAACCCCAAGAACCCGUCAAAGUGGUCUAUUCAAAUUCUGCUAAUAGCCGCAAUUACAUACCAGUCAAUUCGUUGCCUAACGGCACGGUUAAUUGUACUGGUACAGGUACUGGUACAGCAGUUGUAAUCAAAACAACACCACAACAACAUCAAAAUUCACCUCCAGUUUCUACAAUGACACUUACAGGACAAGUUUCUAAUCCAUCUGCAGUGACAUCUAAUGUUAUCACAGUACCUAAACAAAUGGCACAAGGUGGUGUCACGUCUAGUAACCCUCAGACAAUUCUGCCAGCAAACGUGCAGAUAUUAAAUGUAAAUGCAUUGCGACCACAAAACUCGCAGGGCGGAGUGAAUAAAAACAUGUCUAGAGUUAUGAUACCUGGCGUAGUUGGAAACCGACCUGGUGCUCCAGGGCUUACGUUACAAACUCUUCAACAAGCACAAGGUGGACAUAUAUUAUUAAAGACUGAAAAUGGGCAAUAUCAGUUACUACGAGUAGGACCUGCUGCUCCUGGUCAAGCAACUGCCCUCACUCCAAAUAAUGCGAAUAUUAGAUUUCAAUCUAUUCCUGCAGUUACAACUAGUAAUGUUUCUAUUGCUGGUACUCAUACUACUCCUACACAAGCAACAACUCAACCACCACAAGCUCAACAGAAAAUCCAUCAAGAUAAUACUAAAGACAAGUGUCGCAAAUUCUUAGCUAACUUACUGGAACUUUCUAGCAAAGAGCCUAAGCCUGUAGAAAGAAGUGUACGGACUCUUAUACAAGAGUUAGUUGAUGCUAAAGUAGAGCCAGAGCAAUUUUGUGAUAGGCUUGAGAAGCUUUUAAACGCUUCACCACAACCGUGCCUUAUAGGCUUUCUUAAGAAAAGUUUACCCCUAUUGAGACAAUCACUUAUGAAUAAAGAUAUGGUCAUUGAAGGUAUUCGACCACCACAACCGAGUGCUGUGACUCAACCAACAGUUGUUUUGGCUAAUCAACAGCAGGUUACGAAUACACAAAUAAUGGGAAAUAUUUUGAAUUCUGCUUCAAACCAACAAACAUUAAGAUUAAUGACUACCCAACCUGCCUUAACACCAGCAAGGACUAUUAAUUCUAAUCAACAACAUAGAAUUAUUUCUCAACAAGUAAGGGUCCAAACACCAACUGGUAUUACGUCUGUUAAUAAAAUGGGAUCAAUUCGUAUACAGCCUCCAAUAGCUACCUCUCAAACUGGUACACUGCCACCACCUCUUACUUCAACUUCGUCACCAAGGCCAGGAAUGGGUCGACAAAUGCUUGUAAAAGCAGUACCCUUAAAGACCACAGCUGGCUCGCAAAUAAAGAUUAACAACACAUUAGCUACAGCUGUGCAAACCAAUAGCGUCUCUAUGCCUCAAACUCGUAUACCCCCAUCACCAAAUUUAUUGGCUCAGCCAACAAUGAUCAACAAAGUUCAAACACCAACUAGUGUUGCUACACCUCUAGCUAAUUCUUCUAAAUCUUCCUCUAAAGAAAAAGAAAAGAAAUCAUUUUCAUCAACUGCUGCUUAUGUGGCCGAUGAUGAUAUUAAUGAUGUUGCUGCUAUGGGCGGAGUUAACUUAGCAGAAGAAACUCAAAGAAUCUUAGGUUCCACUGAAUUUGUCGGAACACAAAUUAGAUCAUGUAAAGAUGAAAUACUUUUACCACAAAACCCAUUGGUAACAAAAAUUAAACAAAUUGUUAACAGAGAAGGUUUAGAUGACAUGGCGGCCGAUGUACCUGCACUUAUUUCUCAUGCAGUAGCUGAACGUUUAAAAGACCUCCUAGAAAAAUUAGCUGUAGUAGCUGAACACCGUUUAGAUUUUAAUAAAGCUGAUAGGCGUUAUGAAAUAACUAGAAAUAUUCGUGGUCAAAUAAAAUGUCUUGAAGAAAUCGACAAGGUAGAACGCAAGAAACAGGAUGAAAUGGAAAGAGAGCUAUUAUUACGAGCAGCCAAAAGUCGAUCGAAAAAUGAAGAUCCUGAACAAGCCAAACUAAAAGCUAAAGCCAAAGAGAUGCAAAGAGUAGAAAUGGAAGAACUACGGCAGCGAGAAGCAAAUCUCACUGCUCUAAAUGCUAUAGGCCCAAGAAAAAAACCAAAAUUAGAACCUGGCUUAAGUCCUAGUUUACAGAAUCUAAAUUCAAAUACAAGUUUAACGAAUAAACAAACAGUAACUCGGCAAAGGAUAAAACGUGUUACCAUGCGAGACACUUUGUUUGUACUUGAACAGGAAAAAGAUAUCCGCCGAAAGGCAAAUUUCAUGCUUAAACCAUUUAUGAAGUGAUAUAUUGUUAAUUUCUCCUUUUUGCCGUUCCUUUUUGUGGCUGUUGGCUAGUCGUAUUGAUUAUGUUUUCUAGCAGUUAACUGCAUUGUCAGAUUAAUUCAAAUUUGUAUGAAUUGCAGUUCUGACAAAAAAAUUUAGACUAAUUUAACUAUUGGCAAAUUUGUUGAUUUUUGUUAUUUUGUUUUUUUAUCUAUCACGUUUUUUUUUUUUUAUAUAUAAUUCCCUUGUUAAUAGAAAAUAUAACAAGGGUAAAAAGAUAAGGACCACAUUUAUGUUGUGUAUUAUUGACUGCAGUAAAAAAAAUGUUGCAAUGUAUCAAAUGAGGCACUCAUCAAGCCUCGUCAAGUUAAAGAAAAUGUAUUUUUUUAUUGUAAAUAACACUAAUGUAUUUUUAGAGCAUGUAUGUUAAAAAAAAAAUAUUUUGUUUAUGUAAAAAGAAGUUAUUUAAUUCUUUUUCGAUAAGUUAUGCCCUGAUAUAAUUGAGCACUCAUUAUAUUAUUU